AUGUCACCUAAUGUACAACUAUCUAAUAGAGACAAUUCUAAUAGUUUUUAUUCUGAAUUUGAUCUAAAGAAAAAAAUUGGCGAAGGCUCGUUUUCUGAAGUAUGGUUAUGUGUGCAACGAAGCAACGAUCGAGAAUAUGCAGCAAAAAUAUUGAAAAAAAAUUAUGGAUAUACAGUGGACGCUGAGACAUGGAACGCUGUAUCCGAAGUUAAUGUAUCAAACUCGUUGGAAAAUCAUCCGUUCUUACUUAUGCUCAAAAGCGCAUACCAUGAAAAAGAAAACGGAAAAAUUAUUUUAGUUUCGGAAUUGAUGAAAAAAUCAUUGUACGAUAUUAUAGAAAACGGAGAAUGUCCACUAUCAGAAUAUAGAAUUAAAACUUAUAUGUAUCAAAUGUUGGAAGGCCUUAAGUAUUUGCACGAGAAUGGCUUUAUCCAUAGGGAUAUCAAGCCAGAAAAUAUUUUGCUGAGAUCGCAGGACAAGAUAUUAAAGAUUGGUGAUUUUGGGACCACGUGUCAUGCCAUUAAUGACCUUCAGUACCUAGAAUACGUGGCAACCAGAUGGUACCGCUCACCUGAAUGCUUAUUAACACGAGGUUGGUAUAAUUCAAAGAUGGACAUUUGGGCCACGGGAUGUGUACUUUAUGAAAUAGCUACCGGCCUUCCGUUGUUUGAUGGUCGAGAUGAAAGUGACCAAAUUGAAAAGGUUGACCGGGUAUUAGGCUCUCCAGACCAAAAAUUAACUAAAAAAUUUAAAAAACAUAAAUCUGAUGUGUUCAUUGAACGAUACGAAAUUAAUAAACGAAAUGAAAGAACCGCUGGAGUUGGACUACAUUCAGUGUAUCAACCAUACCGCCCAGCAUAUGAAUUAAUGAAAGACAUGAUAGUAUAUGAUCCAUCCAAGAGGUAUUCAGCGAAUCGAUUAUUACGAAAGCCAUACUUUUAUGAGAUUAAGGAUACUGAGUAUGAAUAUAAAAUGAGAGAGUUUGAAAAAUUGCUAUGUAAUAAAUCAAUAGUUAACUCAUCCAAAAUAAAUCAAAAAUCAAACACAACAAUAUCCAGGCAGUAUACUAUAAUUAAAAAGCAAGGUCCUGGUGGAGAUAGUAUCCACAAUUUGGAAACUCAUUCGGUAAAUGCUGAAACGUUUGAAAGAUUAUCUGCAAACAAAAGUAAAAAAAUUGAUCAACCUAAAUUGGAUAAAAUAUUAUGUUUAAAGACCAAUAAAAAAAAAUCUAUGAUCAUCCUAGAACCUGGAAAUAUCUGCCACGGAAUUCAAAAACAAAAUACACGUAAUAUAUGUUCAAAGGACAAUACAAAAGAUAUUUCUCUGUCAAAAAAAAAGUUAACGGAAUCAGUAUCGACUUUAAACAAAGGCUCAGAAGUAAAAAAUGUUGGAAAUAAAUUUGUCAACCGUCCACCGUUCAAAUGA